AUGAUUAUAUCGCUGUACACACUGUCACUGAUGAGCCUGGACCGCUACCUGUUGCUGACCAGGACUCACUACCGCGCCCUCGUCACCUCCAGCCGCGUCACCGCCGCCCUCGUCAUGUCCUGGGGCUGCGGCCUCCUCGUGCCCUCGCUUCACUUCGUCUACAGACCCCAGAUGCAAGAAGACAUAUGCAUUAACUACGACACUUCGUCGUUCGACGUCCACAUCAUCAACAUCGAAAGCAAGAUCGCUACAGCGGACUACAAAGUGUACCUGAAGCACGCGGUGCCGCUGAGCGUGACGCUGGUGGUGGUGGGGCUCCCCAUCAUCUCUCUCCUCAUCUUCUCCUUCAGGGCGCUACGCAAGUACAACUCGUACACGCGGGACCGAUCAGUCCGGCAGGUCAAGUCAGCCCUCCAGCUGACGCAGAACCAUUGUACCCUCUCGCGCCAGGCCAGCUCCACCAGCCUGGCCGCCAUGGUCAACCUCACCGCCACGCCCACCCAUGUACAUCCCAAUGGCGCCAAAGCCGCCGCCCACCAUCACACCUCAACGCCACCGCCAUACAAGAUCAAAUAUACAUUUAAAAAGAAAAGCGUGGAGCGUGACAACGGGAACUACGACCCGACUCUGACGACCUCCUUGGUGCGGAUGUCUGCUGCAGGAGAUACUGACUUAGACGACUACUCACGCACUCUCUCAGGUCACAUUGUAGUUCGAACAAAAGCGGGGGCGGCGCCGGCGGCACUAGAGGCAGCAGGUGCAGGAGAGCCACCACCACCACUCGACAGGUCGUGCCGCCAGAGCAUGUUGGGCUCUCUUGGCCUCCGACGGCUGCUCUCUCCUAACACCACCCAACACCACGUUGCUGCCACCAUCAGACGCCUCAGAGGGACGGUGGGCGGGGAGCGCGUGACGGUAAGAGAGAGAGACAGAGAGAUCACCUGUACCGUCCUGGUCAACGUGGCCGUGUUCAUCUUCGCCUGCUUCCCGCUCCUGGGCGUCGGGGGGUGGAUGAUGUUCCUCUACUUCACUCAGCAGGACACCAUCAACAACCCGGCGCCCCUCAAGCAGCUGCUGUUCGUGGCGCCGUGGCUGAUGGCCCUCAACAGCCUGUGGAACGCCGUCCUUCAUCUCUCCUACAACCACAAGUUCCGCUCCGCCACCGGCCACAUGAUCAGAGUCAGCUGGAGGAAGGUGUGUCGGGUGUUCUGUCACUAUAAUCCGCUCCAGCAGUGA